AUGUCAAGAAUCGCCACUACAGCCCUCCUUCUCUCUAUACUGUCUACUGGAGCUUACGCUCAGUCUAGCGCAGCCAGUGCCGCUGCGUCAGGUGCGACUGCUGCCGCCUCCGCUGCGUCGUCAGGUGCUACUUUAGCUCAAACUGGCACUGAUGCGGAUCAAAGUGUUCUGACAAUGACUGCGACCAUCUCUGCCCCUCAAGGAUUCUCCAUCCCAGCCUUGAGCGAACUCACCUCCGGUGCUCCUACCGAUACCACUGUCGCGCUUGACACCACCUACACCGCCGGCGCCACACAAACUGCCCUCUCUGCUGCUCCCGCCCUCCCCACCUCCGCUUUGACCAUCGCCAAUUACCCUGCAUUGGAUGUCGUUCCUCCUACCAACUCCUCGGAAGUUCAAGAAUGGUUGAGCAAGAUUGAUAUGUCGAAAGUACCCACUUACAACACCACUACUGGAGAUUGCUCUACCGACCCAACAGCCAUAACCGACGGACGAUGUUGGUGGACUUGUGGUGGAUGUACGCGGGAUACCGAUAUCACCGAAUGUCCCGAUAAGAUGACUUGGGGAUUAUCGUACGAUGAUGGACCUUCACCUUUCACUCCCCUCUUGUUAGACUACCUCGACGAAGAGAGCAUCAAGACCACUUUCUUCUUGGUCGGUUCCAGGGUUUUAUCCCGACCUGAGAUCGUCCAAUCCCAGUAUAUGGCCGGCCACCAUCUCUCCGUUCACACCUGGUCUCACACCGCUCUUACCACCCAGACCAACGAGCAGAUCGUCGCUGAAUUAGGAUGGACCGCCAAAGUCAUCAGGGAUGUUACUGGAGUUACACCCAACACUUUCAGACCCCCUUAUGGUGAUAUCGAUGAUAGAGUAAGAGCUAUCGCCGCUCAGAUGGGUAUGACCCCUAUUAUCUGGACUUCUUACAAGGAAGGUGUGACAGAUACCAACUUUGACACCAACGAUUGGCAUAUUUCCGGUGGUACCGCUACAGGAGCUUCAUCUUUCCAAACGUUCGAUACCAUCUUGAACGAAUACGUACCCAAGUUGGAUACUGGAUUCAUCGUCUUGGCUCAUGACUUGUAUCAGCAAACUGUCGAUUUGGCCGUAGGAUACGUUUUACCUCAAGCUAUCGCAUCCGGUAAAUUCCAAUUGAAAUCAAUCAUUGAAUGUCUCGGUAAACCCCUUUCGGAAGCUUACAUUGAAACUUCCGCCAACGCCACAACAACUCAAGUCACCUCUGCCUCCGAUGGAUCAACUUACUUCCAAGCUUCUGUCGGGACCGCCACCGGAUCCCUCGCAUCGAUCACCACUGGUGGUGCUGCUGCUUCCGGUUCCGGUUCCGGUGCUUCUGGAUCCGCCUCGGCUUCAGCCUCAGGCUCAUCAGGAUCAUCGAGCGGUGCUGAAACUCGGUUCGUUGUUGACAAGUUCGUUCCUGCCGUUGUUGCUUUCACGGUGGUAGCUUUGGGUAUGAUGGUUGUUGCUUAG